CUGAGUUUGAACUUGUGUUUUCCUUUAGUCUUUGUCAUCUCAGAUUCACAAACGCAGACACACACAUACACACAAAUAUACUGGGUGUCAUAUUGAGGGACGCCGAGCGAGUGAGGACAACAUGCUCUGCUUAAAAGCUGCAGGGGAUGGGGACAGUAAGUGGUCUGUUCACUACACUACCCAGAAGCCUCAGCAGGGUCUGCGCUUCAUCCCUGGCAAAAGGCGAUCAGGCAGUGCUGAUGACCUGCGAGCAUGUAAUGGGCUGACUCAGCAUGGCUACAGCGGCCCAAGUGGUUCUCAGCCCCACCCCCCCAGCCCCACCCUUCCUCCCUUCUCCGGCAUCAACCAAUCAGACGGAACCACACGACGAGGGUGGAGGGACAAAAGCAGGAAGAUGUCCACAACAUCCUCAGAGGAAGAUGAGAUGUUUAUCUUGAACAACAGGCGACCCCUGACACCACUGGUCCUGAAUCCCGUCCAUCUCACCUCCUGUUGGGAUGAUGAUGACGAGCAAACAUAUGAGCCAAAAGUCGAAAUAGAUAUGGAACCGCCCCCUCGACUUCCAACGCCGGAGGAGAGGAUGAGGCAGCAGGCCGAAGCAGUCGCAGCAGAUAUUGUUCCUAUUAAUGUAACAGGUGAGAGUUUUGAUCGCCAAGCCAGUUUUCGAAGAACACUUUCCAAUGCUGACUCACUAAACCGACGACCCCGGAAAUUGAGCCGACGCAAGACAGUUACUGGGAUACCAGAUAAUGCCCUCCCGAAGUCUCCCUCCAUCUCUGAUGUUCUUCCCGGUCAGUUCUCCACCGUGGGUCGACCUGCAUCUGAAUGUACCUCUCCUCAUCAGCAGAGGAACAUGGAAGUGGAGGAAAAGGGAGAUCUAAGAAAAGAGGAGCAGCUGUCAACAAGGAGAAUCCGAGCCCCUAAAGGAGAGGGAAUGUCCAGCCUCAUGGCCUCCCUUACCUCUUCCCCACGUAUUGGUAGCCAUUCCAGCUCCUGCUGCUCACCAUCCUUGGAGAGCCACACCCUCCCCCGUCCGGCAACCAAUUCCUCCCUGAACUCCGAGGCCAGCUGUAACAGUGUAUCCUACAGGACUCUGAGCACCUCCUCAGCUUGCUACCAGUCACAGGAUCUACAGGGAUUCCCCAGCGAUCUUCACCCCCUGCUGCCCUUUGACCCCACUGCCAGAGUAAUGCCACAGUCUCCUUCCUCCUCCUCUUAUUCCUUUCCCUCCUCACCUGUUAUAUCAUCUGUCCCUGCAACCUCUAGUUGUGCCCUACAAUCAGAGUGGGCUUCCCCCAGUGAUAAGCCCAAUAAUGAGGCCCUUUCUUCCCCCCGCUCUCUUCCCUCUUCCCCAAUCACUGAUUCAGAGACUCAGUUUCAUUACCCAGCACAGGAUGAGCUGAUAGCCACAAAGCAGGACACCCAGUGUUUCUCAGAUGGUGGUUCCUACACUGGAGAGAGGUGGAGCUACAAAACCCUCUCGCCAAGCUCCAGUGUCCACAGUGGAAUUUCCCAGGAAAUGAGAUGUGUUUCUGAUGAAGGUUGGAACUGCGAUCCACUCCUCUCCUCUGGUCGGUCCUCCCCUUCUUGCACUGAUAGCAGCUCCUUGCGUUCAGUGAAGAUGUCCUCUCCCUCGCUAAACCGUGAGAAAAGGAAGUCAAGCACAUCCUCCUGCUACUCUCGUUCUGUCACCCGCAGCAUUUCCCUUCGCAAGUCUAAGCGUCCACCUCCUCCACCAUUGCGUUCUGAUUCAUUGAGGCGACGGCCAGGUCGUAGCAAAUCUUCGCGUUCUUCUUCUAGUCCCAAGGUGGAGCGCAGUCCCCGCCUGGAACACACCAUGCAGCACACACCUGCGUCAUCUCCCCAGAACUUUCAGGACCCCUGGGUGCCCCGAAGCAGCACCAAAAGACGCCAAAGUGGGCUUAACUGUGGAACAGUUUCAACCUUUGAGCCUCUAAACCCAGACUGUCAGGCAUCAACCUCUUCUGACUCUCCUCCUUCCAACCUCGAACUAACUCACCUCAGCCCUGGGUCUCCAGGUUCAGAGGAGGAAGGUCUGACUUUUACUCUCAAUCACCAACCUCCAGCUUCCUCUUCUGUGGCUGGGCUUCAGCGACUUGCUUCGCCCUCCAGUGGGUACUCUAGUCAGUCUAACACUCCAACUCCUGGCACACCAGUGUCUUCACCCCUCAUCCCAUCCUCCCCUCUCACAACAAGUCCUGGAGCUUUCUCCCUCCCCCCAACCUCACCUUUCUCCUCUUCCUGCUUUACCUCCUUCCCCCUCUCCCCUGUCGCAUCCUCCCUGCCUAGGACAAGGUCUCGAGGUGAAGGCAGACCAAAGCCACCAGUGCCAGAGAGGAAGUCUUCACUUUUCUCAUCCCUUUCGUCCUCAUUUUCUUCAACCUCUUCCCUCUCCUCCUGCACCUCCUCAGACUCCUCUGCUAAACAUAUUCAUCUUCCUGCCCCACCACCUCCUCCUCCUCUACUCGAGUCUUCUUUGCUUUCACUUUCCUGCUCUCCCAUUCAUGAAACUCUUCCUCCUCCCCCUCCUCCUCCACUGCAGUCCUGCUCACCUGCUCCUUGUUCUUUCACUAAACUUUCUCUUGUUCCUCUUCCACCAUCAUCCCUUCCUCUCCCCCCUCCACCUCCUCCUCUCCCACCAUUAUCCCUUGCCAGGUCUUCUCCUCUACCUCCCUUCUCCCGGCCUCCUCCUCCCCCCUACUCCUACGCUGUCAGGCAGACUUCCCAUCAUGAUCUGGUAUUUACAGUGUCAUCUUCCACCAACUUCCCUCCUCCCCCAACUUCUCCCCCUCCUCCCCCAUGUUCAGAACUCCCAGACAUGCCAAUUGCUGACCUCCCUCCACCACCACCACCUCCCCCUCUCCCUCCUUUGUCUACUGUCCCCACACCUUUUGCCUCUGUCCUCUCCCGACCAAGCCUGGAGGUGUUUCCACACAAAUAUGGCAAAGCACACCCCUGCCCUCUGGUAACUGCUCAAGCUCUGCAGGACGUCAAACUCCGCUCUAUCAAGAACCAGGAAGUCCUGCCAGCCAAUGCAUCAACUGAUGCUGGCGCUUUGUUAUCUGUUGGUAACCAUGGUAACCAGGAUCUACCAAUCAAAGAAGCUCAACACGACUUGGCUGACUUGACCAAAGGAAACCUUGUUUGCCUAGCCAACACCAGUGUUAAACUAGCCGAACAAGGGUCAGAAAAUGAUAUCUGUUAUGUUGCAAACAAUGAAGAUAAUACAGCUAGUGCAUCCUUGGAUAAUGCUAGCCUUCACAGCCCAGACAAUGCUGAAAUGAAACAACCUGGACAUGAAUCAGGUGAUGAUUUCUUCAAACAAACAAAAACUGAGCUUUUGGCAGAUGAGUCCGAUUUUAACAAUCUUCAAAGCUCACAAAGCAUUAUUCAUAACGCUGCUAGCAAGAGAAGCCUUGGGCUUCAACUGAGGAAUGGUGGAACUCCUCAAUGCAGACAGUCCAAUGAACAGAGAAAGAAAGAUUCAGACAUGUAUGCUACACUAGCUAACAAUGAAAUCUCCAGUUCUGAGAGUCCAUGGGUGAAAAUGUCUUAUGAAACUGGCAAUAACCACAUCAGCACAAUAAGUCAACCUAUGUCUUUCCAACAAAACAUUAUAGGAACAGUGCUAACAGAUGCUAAGCUCACAGAACUUGCAGAGAUUCAAAGAGAAUGCAGAAAAAUGCUGUUAGAGAGCAAAGAGAAAGUAGAGCAAAAUGACAAGAAAAAAUCACAAAUGCAGUCACUCUGUGGUGCUGAUGGAGAUUUGAACCAUGUUGAUAUUAAACACUGUAACAGGGACUUGAAGCCAAGUAGCCCAAGAAAGCUCCACUCUCCAGAGAAGCCAGUUCCACCAAAGAAGCCUGAUCUUUGCAUUCUGGGUCUCACGGCAUCCCGCAACGCCACACGAGAACUCGAUGUGUUGAAGAGCAAUGGACAAAGUACAGCAUUUUCACCAGGGUUCAACAGCCAGUCACAGCUCCCUGCUGAUUCUUUCUGCACACCUUUACUCAAACAUGUGACCCGUAGUCCCCCUUCACCAAAGCACUUGGUGUCCACCAGUGAUAACUCAGUGACACCUGUAUACCCAAUUAACACAACAUCUGCCAAUAUCACCAUGCACUCACCUGCCAGCUCCCCUCAACGGACAAAACCACCAAUUUUGCACAAGAAACCAGACCUCUCACUGACCUCACCCAAAACAACCAAACCACUCUUUCCAUCUAAAACUACAGGAGGGGCUUCCAUAGGGACCUCUGGGACUGGAGGUGCUUCACAGAGUCUGUGCACCACAGCUAGCAGUAGCACCUUGAAAACCAUAGGCACCGGGACCACAAUGGCUCGAAACACUUUGAAUGAAACCUUGGAUACCUUAAAAACCAACUACUCCCUGGGGGCCAUGGGAAUGUAUAGAACCUGUGCCUCCUCAAGGAUCAUGGGAAUGGCUACCUGUAGCACAUUAGGGAACUCAAAGAGCGAAGGAACUACUUCCACAUGGACUGAGGGCACCCAAACUGAAGUAACACACCCCAGUUGUGGUGAUAUUAAAAUAAAACUUUAUCAAGAUGAUACACCAUUUCAGAGGAGAAUGAUGAGGUCAUCACUAGCUGAAGAUGAAGAGGAAGACAUUAAGGAAAGUUUGGAAGAGAGAAGGAUUAACAUGGCAAGGAUGAUGAUGAUGUCAUCCACCACAAAGAAAAAAGACAAAGCAAGGAAAAAGAGGAAGAGAAGGCCAGGCAGGCAGCUGCUAAUGAUGUCAGCAAAAAUGGAACCCUCCCCAUCAUCUUCAUCAUCUUCAUCAUCCUCAUCCUCAUCAUCCUCUUCAUCCUCAUCUGGAGAUGAGAGAGAUGUAAGAAAAGACAGGACACUCCAAAUAAGCCAGAAGAUGAAAGUCACUAAAGUUUGGGACCAAGACACAAGUGACUCUGAAAGCUCCUUCACUUUGAUUGGUCAGAGCAGGUACUCUCUCAGCAGCGCACUGUCCACUGACAGCCUGCGGGGGGAACUGUCACUACCAGACCUUCUGAUACAAGAGCCAGGUGAACAACAAGAGGAGCCUGGAGCUCUGAGAGGAGGAGAAAAGUCAAAGGAGGCUAGCAGUCCCCAGGAUGCUGAUGUGUUUGGCAGCGUUUCGGCAGAUCAGAUGUUCAUCUCUGGUUGUCCGCGAACCACAGAGGAUCUAUUCACCAUCAUUCACAGGUCCAAAAGGAAGAUGCUUGGAAGAAGGGAUCUAGAAGAAGACAAACAUCAUGUCUCAAGCUCCUCCUCCUCCUCCCCCUCCCCUCCGGUGACUCCCACUGACCAGCUAAUGCGACCUGCAGCACUCAAGAGUCAAAGGUCAGCAAGAAGUGAGAGCUUUAAGGCUCUCCUGCUGAGGAAGGGCAGUCGACCUGAUUCUUCAUCUCGAAUCUCAGCAGUUGAGCGACUUCGGAAAGUUGUUUCUCCCACUGCAGCAGCUGACCUUCAUGGUGCGCCACCACCUCACAUAUCAUCAGACCAAGUAAACUCCGCAAGCUCCUUCCAAACUGGAGAAACACAUGACAUCAGUGCCCACCUGACUCUUGAUGUUCAGCGACCUCCCAGAUCUCCAUGUGCUCAGAGCUUCUCCAUGAUGUUCGAAUGGAGGCAACAGGAUCUGCCACAUAAUAACCUCUUCUUCUCAUCUUCUUCCUCCUCUCCCUUCUUCUUCCUCUCAUCCUCCUCCAUGCGCCCUCGCUCCCUCACUCCUCCCUGCUCGGCUAGCCGCCGCUUUGCCGCCCGCUGCCGCCUUGUUGCAGCCCCCAUGACUGCAAUCUUUGAAGGGGAAGAUGAGGAGGAAGUUGAAGAGGAUUUCAACGAGUCAUUGGGAGCUGAUGGAGAAUCCAGUCUGACACUGGUUGAGACUGCUUGAUGGACAAGAAAGCUUGCUGAUGUAGCUGGGAGCAGAUGGAUGUUAGACACCACAGAAAAAUUGAAUGUGGUCAUGAAUGUGUGGCUCAGCUGACUCAGUUGAAUCUCACCUGAAGCAUUUAAUUGAAUGCACUAAAGCACACUUCCUAAUUAACUACAUCAGUCACCUAAAAGGAUGUGUACAAUAUUAAUGGUUUCAAGAAAAGAAGCUUGUUGCGAUGACACAAGAGUUUUACUCCAACAGUUUCUUCGCUUUUUAUUUCAUUUUAAUACACUAGUUAUGUUUUCCAACAUGAGUGACACUGAAUUUCUUUGAGAUUGAUAAAUUCACGUUCUUCUGUCUUCUGCACUUUAUAUUGGACAAGAAACCCGUGUUUGUUCUACACAUGAGAAUUUUGUUUUCUUCAGAUCACACUUUAAAUAUUCUGAAACAGUCAGUUAAUAAUAACACUGUUGAGCAGUACAUUUUAAAUUUAUAUCUUUAAGCUCCCCCAAAGUUUUCAGCAACUUCUAGUAUAUACACAUCUGUGUUGAAUUGGAUAUCCUCUGCUGGAGGUGGAGGUGGUUCCUCAUGUGGAUCCAGGAAUUGUGUAAAGGACUGACUUUUCACAUCAUAUUCAUAUUCACAAAUCAAACUGAAAUACAUGGGAGAUACAAUCUUGAUGUUCUUAAGAAAAUAUCAACAACUAAUCUAUAUGAAGAUCCAUCUAGACCCACAUCAUGGAUGAUGUGGAGGGGAGCCAGUAUAAUGUUAAAAAUUAGUUAAAAAAAAAGUGAUCCAAAAACAAAUUAAUUUAUCACAAUAAGAAAAUAUUCCUGAAUUUUGUAUUCUGUGCUCAAGAAAUGUUUUUAUGGUUGCAGUUAAUCAUGAAGUUAAAAACUUAAGCCACAUUCAAAUCAAUUAGGUCAAAAGAUCGGGGAAAACAAAAUAAAUUAAGCAUUGGUUUUUAUAAUAUCACAAUGCUUUCAGCAAAAUAAAUGUUCGAUACUGACCCUUAAAUCAGCCAAUUCUAACUAUUUGUUGGGAUUUAUUAUUAUCACUUGAGUAAUUUUAUUGUCCUGCUGGGCUGAUGUGUCUCCAAAUUUAAGCAUCAGUGUAAAUGUUUUAAUGGCUCGUGUUUUAUUUUGAUGUUUGUUUCAGUAUAAUCAUUUAAAAGUCUGAUUUUCUACAUUAUGACCAGCUGCAUUCACUGAGACUGUAACUAAUAAGGAAUGGAGUUGGUCCUUUUCUGUAAAUAUCCCUAUAUUCAUUCGUCUCUCUUAUCUCUUUUCUUGUUUGUAUGACUUUUGCAGCUGAAUCUUUGUUUCUAUUUUGUAUAGCAUUUUCAGCCUCCAGCUUAAUGAGUCACACAACACUCGCAUUCAGUUUUCACCCUCAAAUCAGAUUUGUUUUUCUCAUAGUAGGCAUCUAUGGAAGCUUGUUUCCAUGACUGACAAAAACAAAAUAAAAACAAAAAAUGAAAAUUUUUUCCAUUCAUACUUCGAAUUUUCAGGUUAUCUCAAAAUUUUGACUUAAUUCCAAGUUUAUUUUCUCAGAAGUUUGAGUUAGUCAGUCAAACUUUUAAUAUUGAGAUGAUAACCUUAAAUUUCGACUUAUGGAUUGAAAAAAUCCGUCGGGUUUUUUUCAGCGAUGGAUGCAAACUUCCAUGGGCAGCAGCUAAUACGACUACAAACUAUCAGAAUGAGGAUGUAACUUUUUAGGGUGGAGACUUUGUAUUUAGAAACAUAAUCUUAUCUUCUUUCUGUGUGAAAAUAAGAGGUUGAGAUUUACUAUAUUAACCAUAAAAUGAAUGAAUUUACUUGGGAAACUGAAAUAAAUGAGGAAAGCACUGUGAGAAAAGAAGUCAUAGGUUAAAGUGAUGAUCGGGAUGAAAUGGAGAACUGAAUGUGUAGAAAAGCAGCAAAAAGGUGGAAAUGAAAGAAAUGGAAAUGUAUGUAAAAAGGUGAAUGUAGAAAUGGAAGCAAUAAAGGAC